CAGCCACUCUCCCAAAAUCUGAAGUGCUGAAGAGAUUGUUGAUCUCUGGACAGUUCCUCCCCUUUCAGCCAAUGAGCAGUGCAGCCCUGUGGAGGCUGGCCUCUUGGUCACUUCUGACAGUUCCUGGUCACCUGUCGUCUUCUGGUUUCUCAGUUUGGAACUUGAAGAUAUCCGGAAGUCUGACAUGAAAAAUUUCCGUAACAUCCAAGUUGAGGAAACAAAUCUUCUUUGUUGGCAAGCGCUCAUCGUCCCUGAUAAUGCCCCGUACGACAAAGGAGCGUUCCGGAUCGAGAUCGUGUUCCCCACCGAGUACCCCUUCAAGCCCCCCAGGAUCAUAUUUAAAACCAAGAUCUACCACCCCAACAUCGAUGAGAAAGGCCAGGUCUGCCUGCCAAUUCUGAACGCUGAGAACUGGAAGCCUGCUACAAAAACAGUGCAAGUAAUCCAGGCCCUCAUCGCUCUGGUGAACGACCCGCAGCCAGAGCACCCUCUGAGGGCUGACCUGGCCGAGGAGUACUCCAAGGACCGGAAAAAAUUCUUUAAGAACGCAGAAGAGUUUACAAAGAAACAUGGUGAAAGGCGACCGACGGACUGAUAAUGGAGCCUCGCCCUCCCCGUGUCCCGUACCCGUCUGUCUGUCCCUCCAUCAUUCCACCGGUCCUCACACUGACACUCUCUCUCACGUGUCCCAUACCCGUCUGUCUCUCCCUGUAGCCUCCAUCAUUCCACCGGUCCUCACACACACACACACACACACACACACACCCUGUCUCUCCCUGUAGCCUCCAUCAUUCCACCGGUCCUCACACACUCACACACACACACACACCCUGUCUCUCCCUGUAGCCUCCAUCAUUCCACCGGUCCUCACACACACACACACACACACACACCCUGUCUCUCCCUGUAGCCUCCAUCAUUCCACCGGUCCUCACACUGACACACACACACACACACACACCCUGUCUCUCCCUGUAGCCUCCAUCAUUCCACCGGUCCUCACACUGACACUCUCUCUCACACACACACACACACCCUGUCUCUUUCUCUCAGCGCAGGACUCUGCAAAGCAAAGUUCUUCACCUCUGGGUGUUAGCUUGAGGCUCUUAUGAACUUUCUGUUUUCUUAAAUUAAAAAAAGGACAUAACAGGAUUAAAGAAAUCAAUAUAUAAAAAUACAGAGCUCAAAUCAAAAGGAAAAAUGGUAAAAAGUACCGUGAAUUCCACUCUGUUUAAAAAAGAAAAAUCACUGGUCGAGUGUAGUACACUUCCAUUGCAGACACUUUUUGUUUUUUGAGUGUUUUCAAGACAAUAUACUAUGCCUUUCAGGAGGUAAUGUUGUUCAUUCCCUUUUCUUUUGUCUUUAAUGUGAUUUCUCUUCUAAAGAAAACAUGUAUUUGUAAAAAAAUAAAUAAAAAAGUAAAGUAAAUUGCAGGCGCUUAAAGCACAGAGCAGGCUGCGGGAGCUUUGGCAGACUGCUCUGUGUUCUUUUCCGCUUCUACUUCCUGCUUACGGUGCUCUGAGAUCUGCGGGACGACCUUUUAAGUUUUUAACCUUCGCUUGCAGCUCUGGGAAUAAUCAAAAGAAACUUGCCGCCUAGUCACCAACAUUGAAGUAUCAACAAUUAUAAAAAGGAGAAAAGUGUGUAGCUGAACAUAAUGAUAUAUUUUUAAAAGAUUACUGCAGAAAUUAUUUUUUCACUGCAAUUUCCAGUACUUUCUUUGAUCUGAUGUCAUUGAAUUUAAUUCUGGUAUGCCUUUGUCUGGCUAUUCUUUGAAAAAAAAGAUUGGGCUCGUCAGCAUCAAGAAAUGUCUUGUAGCUAUGGAAACUUUUGAUCAAUAAUAUAUAUAUAUAUAUAUAUUUGUUUUAGUUUAAAAAAAAAAAAAAACAAAAAAAAAAAAAACACACAUUUCAAAAAGGCGUAUACACCAUAAUUGAGGUAGAAUAAGAUCCACAAUACUAGUGAUAUACAUAUGUAUAAAUAUUUAUCUUACAAAAAUACAGAGAAAAUCAUUGAGAAAUAGUCAAUGUAAUUAAUAAUCACAUAGCUGCCCCUUUAUAUGGUGUGCCUCAGUGAGCCGUGAGCUGCUGUCAUUCAGGGUAUCGUUCUGAUUGUGUGAUAAGAUCACGCAUAAAAAAUCUCCAUCAUAUUCAGCUGAAAAGAACUCUUCAUAUUUUAAUUUGUGCAGUAAUAAGUUUCAUAAUUUUUCAUUUUCAUCACACCCAUAUUUGAAGUUUAGGGUUGGCUUUUCACAAUAUCAUGACCUAUUUGUGCUUGUACAUAUGCACACUUAAUCAUUUGAAAAACAUAUGUGCACAUAUAUCAACCAUUUGUCUCAAGUCCUGCAUAGCCCCUUGUGUGAAAGGUGACAAAUUAAUUACCUCUGAUAACUGUGGCCAUUUAAGAGAUAAUGUGUUUUAAACAGUUUUUAACUAGUCGUUUGUAAAGGUUAAAAAUGGUGAUGCGGACCUGCAGUUAAGUCACUGGAUCCGUUGGGGUAGUCGUAUGAAAAGCGUGUCUAAUGCUUACACAGCACCCGCAGGUUUCAGGUGUGGAUGACGUGUACAUGGACACCCAUUACAGCAGACAUAAAUUGUAUAAAAGUAUGGUUCUUUUUCUCUCCCCAACCUGCUCCCAGCUUGCUUAACAAGAACAGUACAAAACUUCAGCUCACCACAAUAUUAAAUUCCAGGGUUUGAUGUUGGCAAAAAAUUACAUUUACGUUUGAGGUAUUUAGCAGAAAAUAUCUAGAGCAACUUAGUUUACAUUCUUUAUAGGAAAUUAAGUCAUACAGCUGAAGUUAAGCACCCUGUACUGGGAUACUGACCCUGAGGCAGAGCCCAGCCGGGUACCGACCCUGAGGCAGUGCCCAGCCGGGUACCGACCCUGAGGCAGUGCCCAGCCGGGUACCGACCCUGAGGCAGUGCCCAGCCGGGUACCGACCCUGAGGCAGUGCCCAGCCGGGUACCGACCCUGAGGCAGAGCCCAGCCGGGUACCGACCCUGAGGCAGAGCCCAGCCGGGUACCGACCCUGAGGCAGAGCCCAGCCAGGUACCGACCCUGAGGAAGUCCUGUUCUCUUACCACCAUGUUAUCACGCUGCCCAGCUGGAUUAAUAAACUAAAGCUACUCAUGGGUACUGCACACGGAAGAGCCUUGAAUGAAUUUGAAGGAUUAUUGGAUGAAAGCAAAAAUGGUGCUCCUCAAUUAACCGUGAAACUCUAAAGCAGGUUUCAGUUGCCACAAAUUAAUCAGAGUAAUUGUUUGUAUGGACACAUUAGUAAUACAGUGUCAGUGUGUGCUAGACGUCAGUUUAAGGAAUAUCCCUAUGCUGAAAAACAACUAGACACUAAAAACUUGAUUAUGAAAAUACUUUUUUAUUUUAUAUUGCUUAUGUAGUGGGGAAAGUGAGCGAGGUGUUGAAGUGGAGGUUUAUUCUGCAGCAGUGUCAGCCAAGUGCCUUUCUCUCUGCUUGAGUGAAGCAGCAUGCCCACAUGGCCAUUUUGCUCUGGUGAGGCGCUGGGUAUCGCUGGAGCAGCUCAGUGCGGGGCUGCAGAGACAGCCGUUACUGUGAGACUUUCCAUCACCAGUUUUAGUCCAAAAGCUAAACUCGCUGAAAUGUGUUUCGCCAUCUUGUGACUCUUUGUUAGUGCAAGUGUUUGAUAUAUAGUUCAGUAUAAUAAACAUAGUUUUCAGUUUCUCUUUGUCUUGUGGGGGAAUUGUGUACAUUGUGUAGUUGGUUAUUCCAUCAGAGAUGCUCAUACUGUGUGUAAUUUGGUCCAAUGGGAAGUCAAACGCCACUUUAUAAUUCUCAGUCUGUCACUAGUUAAAAUGUUUUAUUGACAUGUACUUGUGAGUACUUUUGAAUAAAAUUGAUAUACAUCAGUACUU